AUCAUGAACUGACUUUGCUGCCGAGACAACAAGAGCAGACGUACGUUUUCCUAAACCUUUGUUUUUGUGCGAAUUUUAAUCGGGAAGAAUUUGUCUCAUUUUGUGAUCGCUUGCGGAAAGGAAUCUUCGAAAUCAGUGCAAUGAUGUUCUGUUUCCGCUAUCGAGCUGCGCAACCGUUGUGUCUGCAUACGUGCGUGUUUACAUUUGCGCUGAGUGUUUGGUAAAGUUCCCAGUCCCAUUGCCCGAGCGGAAUUGGUUCACCUUUUGGGAGGGCAACCAGCAACAGUGAUGAUAGAGAGACUGCGAAUAUCGGGACUCGCCCUUUCGACAUUACGGCUUCAGUGGACGAUAGCGCUGCGAGUUUCUAAAUUUCGCUAAUGGCUGUUGGUACCUGUGUACGGUGGCACCCCUUUUUCUAGUCUCUUCCACUGUCAUCACGCCUAUUGAUACUGGUAGGGGUGUUGUUUGGUCGAUUUUGCUGCCAGCCUCUGCGUGUGUGAGUAACGGGUACGUGUGUUCCACCAGAAUCGUAGGAUUGAUGGUAUCGUUGGCCCUCCACUUGGCCCUCGUGAACGACGCAAACCUUAAACACGAUAACCAGUGCCGAAAAGACGCAGUCUAGGGGACAUGGGUUGCAUCAAUUCGAAGAAGGACGACAAGGACUACCAUUCCAACAUCUUUCACGUGAUCAACAUCGACAACGAUGGGACGGAGCUGUGGAGCGGCAAGUUGGAAGUGACCCGCGUGGAACUAACGCUCUACCGGAAGGGCAAGGAACCGACCAAGUGGCCGUUGAAAUGUUUGCGCCGCUACGGUUACAACGUGGAUCAGUUCAGCUUUGAGGCCGGUCGCCGCUGUACCACUGGCGAGGGUAUUUACGCCUUUCGAUGUCGACGGGCGGAAACGCUCUUUUACACUGUGCAGGCCUACAUUCAGGGACGCAUCUACAGCGAUGAAAACACGAACCCUAACGAUCCCUACCCGAUACCGGUAGCUUCGAAUGGGCCCUCGGUUGCGGCUCGCAGCGUUUCGCAGAAUAAUACUGCAACGCGCAGCAGUGGCAGCGGUGGUCAGGGCCAGCAAAUGCAGUGCACGUUCGUGAUGAACCGGACCGGCAUGGCUACGAGCCAGUCGCUCAGCCCGAAUGGGACGAUUCACUCGAACUCAAACCAAAGCCGUAGCACGGACACGCUCCCAUUGGAGGGCAACUAUCUCGAGCCGACGCCGAAUCGUUCGAACGUUUCCGGAACGGGGCAACCGCAUACAAUUACCACCCGCUUUCAGCAAGGACUACGGCUCAGUUCGGUUAGCAGUGGCCCUAUUAGUCCCGACAUAACAUCACCCGGCUCUCCGAACAGUAUGACCAACAUACUAGAAGUGACCACCCUGAAUCCGCUGCCCACGUCCCACACGAGCGGAAGCGUGCAUCAGGGCGUAAGUAACGUCUACCAGGAGUUCCCCAUGAAAGAUUCGACGAUGGCUUCCCUCCACCAUCAGCAUCACCAGCUGCUGCUGCAUCAGCAUCACGUGCAUCAUCCCAUAGCUGCCCCGAUAGUGGCCCCGCUCGUCGGUGGAGUGGUUCGAACGUCAAUGGACGUACCGCCCCAGGAGCCUGCACCGGGCACAUCGACGUUGCUGAACUCCACAGCUGGUUCCGAGGUAGCAACGGGUAUGCAGAACGCCGGCCCGAACGAUGCGCUCAUUUGCGGUGCUGGAGAGUACGAUCAGCAGCAACCCUCGACGCCAGAUGCUAUCGAUCCGGCGCGACUGUACAUGAAUGUAAAUAUUGCUGGCAACGAGGUUGGCUCCGGUUGCGCUGCAAAGGGUAAAAAACCGGCCGCUUUCAGUAGCAAGAGCAACUCUAGUCUGAUUUCGAUUUCAAACAUCACUAACAACAACAACAACACAAACCAUAGCCAUAACAGCACUGGUUCGUUCGACGAGUGCCAAUAUCAAAACGUGCGCACGCCGACAUCCAUAACCGCCAUCGGCAGUGCGAAUGGGGCAGCGUUGCCUUUGCUACAGCAGACCAUCGUGACCGGUAACGUGUUCGCCCAAUUCCAGCGGCUGAAUAGUGCCGGAGGUGGACCGGGGAAUCAGUUUUCGAUGGAUCCGAAUCGGUUCUACGAAAAUUUGGAACCGGGCGAAAUGAAAGCCGUCUUUCUUCGUGGUCGUUGCUCAAAGCCUGAUAUUUUCAGCAACGUUGACCUACCACUAGACCACUCGGAACCGUGCACUCCCACGGCAACUGCUGCGAACCAGCGGAAGGUGAACUACAUCGUGCUGGAUCUCGAUCAGUCAAACUCAUCGCAUAGCAUAAGCGGUGCGGCAGGAUCUGGCACGAAUGGUACCGGCAUUCUUUCGCCGACUAGUACGGUGCCGGGCGGAUCGACCAAUGGUAACACGAUUGCUACCAGCGCCACAAACGGUGCUAGUAACUUCAACAACAAUAACAACAACAAUGCAGCGAUUAAUCUGAACAGCGUUGCACCGGGUGGAAUGUGCAAUUCAGCUAGCGGUAUGGCAUUGGGAACGAUUGGCCCAGGCCAAUCUGAUCACCGCGUCACGUCUGUUGCGGGAGUGGGCUGCAACACGGGCCUGUGCAGUGGCGGAACGCAAGGAGCUGCAGGCGCUGGCAAUGUGACUCCUACCAGUGUCGGUUUACUGCCACCGGAGAGCCCGAAGAAGGCAUCGCUCGGGUACGCGACGAUCGAUUUCAACAAAACAGUGGCACUCAGUAACUCUACCACGCCUUCGUCCGAACUCGAUAGUGAAGGAUCGCGCAAAACCCGCCACAACUCGACGGUUACGCCUCUGGCAAGGCAGAGCAACUCGGUAAGCGAUUAAGGUUAACACGCUCAGUGAGUGGAGUCUGUGCUCGUUGUUCUAGUUGAUAAUUUGGGGCAUUGUAAUUAGGAGCAAACAAUUAGCAAGACCUAAGUACUAAGUACCCUGUGUUUGGCUCAACUGUCACUCAAGCUAUCAAGCAGCAACUUAGCUGCACUUUACCGGGAAUGAUCUUGCUUUGCAAAGUUGAUUUUAAAAUGAUGCUGAAUUUUUAUAUUUAAAUGAACAGGAGAACCAUGUUAUGUAUUAAUCUUUCCUUUUUGUAAAGGGUAUUUAUGAUUUCGUUGUUUCGGUGGUUGUAUUAAAUUGAUUUUAAUUUCCUAGUUACAUUUGCUACUAAUAUAACAUAUUUAUCUCUUUCUACAUUACGAAAGAUGUAUAGAACAAAUUGAGCGUUUUUUUAUGCAAUUUUAGCGAUUUUAAUUUUAUUUUACUUUAGAUUAAAUCAAUUUAAUUGUUCUUUUUUUAGAACACAUUACGAUCUCUUACCGUGCUAAAGAGAGCGUAAGCUGCAACGUAAAUGAAUUAUAAUAGCAUAUUAGAUGUCGAUAAAAAUAACGUAAAUUGUUGUUAGUCUUAAGACAGUGAAAAAAAGAAGAGACAUAAAAUUUAGCACAAUACAAAGUAUGCAGUUUUCAAAUGUUAGACAAAUGCAUGUAUUGUAUAAACCGUAACCGCCACUGGUUUCAAGCCGCAUAUAAUUUGUUCUACAUAUGAACGGGAGUGUUUUACAAUACGGAAUCAGUGAAUCGAAAUAAUGCCAACAUCAUAACACGUUUACACAAAUGGUAUCUCCAAAGAAUAGCUUUAUUACAAACAAAAAACAAAAUUAACAGUGCUAAUGCUCAAAAGAUUGGAAUUACAUUGAUUCUUGUACAAAGCGCGAUUUAUGAAAGGAAUUGUAUGCGUUCAGGGAACCAUUCAAAACAUCGUUGAUAAGAAGACAUUUUUUACAUUAAAUUUCUACAUAUUUCAUUUCUAUGAUGUGUAUGUUUCGUUAUCGAACAAUUAAGUGCGCAACGGUCAGAAAGAACCAACCCAAACGGUACAGCACAAAGACAGGACGAAAAGGUACGACAAAAAGCGCCAAAAAUUACACAAAACAUUAAAAAAAAAUUAAACAUAAUUUAAGGAAAAACAAAAGCAGAAAGAUUGUUACUGCGCAGUGUGGGCAGAUUUAAAUUCUAUCACUCAUAUACACCAUUGUUUCGUUUAACAGUGUUAUUGCGACGAAAAACAACCGCACUAUAAACCAAACCCGUCACAAUUUUCAUAAAAUACAUAAACAUAUAAAGGAACACGAAGCGCCACUGCGCUCCUAAAGGAAAUGUUGUAUAAUGCGUGAUACGAUGAAUGUAGCCAAACAAUAUGCUGAUGUAACAGUGGUAACAGUUAAUCUGGGUUCUAGCACAAUGAAUCGUAUGGGUUCGAUUGGAGCAGCUGAGGGAAGACAAAAAAAUUUAACCAAGCUGGUCUGAAAAUAACCCCAAAAGGUAGAGGAGAUAUUAUUCUGUAAGAAUUUAAGCCUUCAGCACGGAAGAGAGAGAGAGAAUCAUAGAGAAAUCAUAGAGAAAAUUGUCUGUACAUUUAACCAAUAAGUAAUUGGAAGCCGAAAGAUGUGAACAGUUUGAUAUGAAAAACGGUAAAGCUAAACAGAAGUAACAAGCCGCCGUACCAGUGAUCAGUUAACUUUGUUCAUUUUAUAUUUCAACUGAGACAUUAAUUGUUUAAGAGAAAGCUGAACGUAAUGUGUAACAGCAUUUUUAUAGUUUAAAUUUAUCUCAUGUUAGGAAAUGAAAAGGCCUGAACAUCGUAGCAGAUCGGCUACAUAAAUAUGUAGCGAGUGUAUUUUCCUCUGCAAGGAAGAUAACACACACACACAUGGCCAAAUAAUAGAAUGCCAAAAAGAAACGUUUGUUAUACCACAGAUGAUACACAGCUGCGUCUGCCGUAAGUGUGGGGAACCAUCAAAUAAAUCUAAUAAAAUUUAUAGUUUACUAUAAAUACGUAAAA